GCCUUGUCUCGUGUCGACGCCCUUGGCGAAGAGCGCCGGGACAGGUGAAGGCUCUGGGAGCGCCUCCCUCUCGGUGCUCCGCGUCCGGAAUACCUUCCUGCACCUGGACUCGGGGCACGAGGACCUGGAGAGCGACUGCUCCAGCACGGGCGAGUGCCGUCCCAGCUCCGACCCCGGUCGCGCGGGCGGUGCCUCCCCCGACGUGGCGUUCGAGGACGGCUUCGCCACCGACGACGGCGAGGACACGCACGGGAAUGUGCCGGGGGCUGGCGCGGAACGCGGAGAGCUGGACGGUUUCGCCACAGACGAUGAUGAGAACAUGACCUUCCACUGCGAACGUGAUGAUGUCGCCGUGCUCCAGCUCGAGGUCGCCGCGGAGCAGGAGGCCGCGCGGCUCAUCCGGGCCGAGGCGGACCGCGUGUCGGAACAGGGCCUCCAGCUGCGCGCCCUGCAGGCGCAGCUCGGAGGGGAUGAGGGCGCGCGCAAGCGCCAGGACGACCUUCGCGACAGGCUCGAGGCCGCCGAGCACGACCUUGAGCAGACCUUGGACGCACGGCAGGCGCUCGAGGAGAGGAUGCUCGCCGACCGCCAGGAGCGGGGGCGGCGCGAGAGAGCCAAGAGCUGCCAGUCCACGGACCGUGGCGGCCAGGUCGUGGACGGCGAGUUCGGGAAGGAGCGGGGCUACCGUUUGCAGGCUGAACUCCGGGCCGUAGCACUUCUCGCUCGGGAGGGCGCGGUGGAGAUCGAGGUUGGGCACCGGGUCAUGCGGCGAAGCAUUUAUGCUAAGUCUACGCGGUGCAAGUGCGUGGGCCAUAAAGGCGUCGACGAAGGCUGGAUCACGCACUCGAUCAGACUGGCCUCCAAGGCCGCGUCUGGCGAUGAAGCCAAGGCGCCCAGUGCCUUGUGGGCGCAGCGCGAUGCCAUGAAAUCGGCCCUGCGGCGGUCCAACGCGGAGGAGUUGCGCAGGACCAGGCGGCGCCGCGAGGCCAUGGCCACGAUCGAGCGAGCGGGUGGACUGCCUUGGAACUUUGCCAUCCGUGCCUCUGAAAUGGUCGAUACUUCUGCACGGGUGGGUGUGCGCAGGGAGAGCGCGAUGAUCAACUCCCAGCGCCAGAGAUUUUGGGCGAACCCGUUGCGAUCGAAGACUCUGGAGUCGACGGCGGUCUGGAUGCAGAUGCUGCGCCGCUUCGCGAGGUGCUGGUGGCCGUGCUGGUGGCUGGUCGUGCUGGUGGUCGUGCUGGUGGUUGUGCUGGUCGUCGUGCUGGUGGAUGUGCUGGUGGUCGUGCUGGUCGCUGGUUGUGGUUGUGCUGGUGGUCGUGCUGCUGGUUGUGCUGGUUGUCGUGCUGGUGGUUGGUGGUGCUGGCUGGUCGUGCUGGUGGUCGUGCUGGUGGUCCUGCUGGUGGUCCUGCUGGUGGUCGUGCUGGUGGUCCUGCUGGUGGUUGUGCUGGUGGUUGUGCUGGUGCUUGUGCUGGUGGUCGUGCUGGUGGUUGUGCUGGUGGUCGUGCUUGCGGAGGUGCUGGUGGCCGUGCUGUGGUUGGUAGUGCUGGAGGUGCUGGUGGUCGUGUUGGUGGUCGUGCUGGUGGUCGUGCUGGUGGCUGGUCGUGCUGGCGGCAAUGUGAUAGCUUGGGCUCAAGCCAGCGCGCGAUAG